AUGCCGCGCCGGAUGGACCUAGUACAAGCAAUACCUGCUAAGAAUCUUAUAGUAAUUAGCUCACAACCAGUAAAUCCAUCGCCAGCGCCUCGCCAGCCGCCGCGGCAGCAACCUUAUCCAUCGCCAACGCCUCGCCAGCCGCCGCGGCAGCAACCUCACUUUGCAACGCCUCUGCUGUGGCAGCAGCCUUACUUUGCAACGCCUCCGCCGUCGUAUGGGCACCUAAGCCAUCAACCGCUGCCACUGAUGGCUUACAAUCCUCUCUACCUGCCCUAA